AUGGAUUUCUGGACGCUUCUGACCACCAGGUGCUCUACCCUUGUGUCUGUUGCUAUUUCCGUGUUAGUUGGAUACCACUUAUUAAAGCUGUUAUCAAAGCGCGGUCGUGGGCAUCUCCCGCUUCCCCCAGGCCCGCCUGGAGAACCAAUAUUGGGUCAUUUGCGUGUUAUCCCGACAGAUAACCCCGAAUACGCCUAUAUGAAAUGGUCCGAGGAAUACAAGUCGGACAUUUUAUCCUUCCAUGUCCUCGGCCAACCAGUCAUUGUUCUCAACUCAGUCCGUGCCGCAGUUGACCUGCUUGACAAACGAGGUGCCAAUUAUUGUGACAGGCCAAGAUUUGUCCUAUUUGAAAUCAUGGGAUGGGGCAAAACGCUUACCUUCUUACCCUGGGGACAGACUUUCAGGACGCACCGUCGAAUUCUGCAGAAGAAUUUCCAAAAAAGUAAUAUUGUGCAAUACCGCCCGGUCCAAGAACGGGAAACUGCCUUGAUGUUGCAAGGCAUACUUGCGAGACCUACCUUGUGGGAUACCGCUAUUCGACGGUUUGCUACCGCUGUUGUUCUCGGUAUCGGCUUUGGCAUCAAGGUGGAACAGGACAACGACCCAUUCAUCCAAGUUGCUGCGGACGCUAGCUACGCUUUAGCUCAUGGAGGUGCCCCUGCAGGAACUCCUGUCGACUUCUUCCCAUUUCUCAACUCCUUACCGUCUUGGUUUCAUGAUCGUUCGCUCAAAUUUGCCAGGGAUUGGAAAUGGGCCAUUUGUAACUUGCAUGACAAGCCUUUCGAUGCUGUGUUGGCCUCCGAAGAAAUGCCUGAUUCUCUUAUGCAAGACAUGGUUGACCAGAGACAAGCCCAAAUUGAAAAGGGUGAGCAGCCCGAGUUAUCGCAUGACGAUAUCAAGGGAGCAGCUGGCGCUGUUUUUGCAGCUGGCCAAGAUACAACAUGGGCAACUAUAACUGUGUUUAUUCUAAACAUGCUCCUACACCCCGGGAUACAGACCAAAGCACAAGGUCUACUGGACAAGGUUACCGGCCGCAACAGACUUCCAAAUUUCAAUGAUAGACCACAGCUCCCGUACAUUGACUAUAUCGUCCAGGAAACAUUAAGAUGGUGUCCUGUAUCUCCUAUGGGAAUCCCACACAAGUCAUUGGAAGACGACACUUAUAAUGGCUACUUCAUCCCUGCAGGAUCUUUCGUGUGUGCAAAUGCCCGAGCCAUGACCCACGAUGGACGGACAUUUAAAGAACCGGAUAACUUCAAUCCCGAUAGAUAUGCGACCGAAGAAGACGGCGGUUUAGGGGAGCCUUUUCCGGUUGGCCAAUUUGGUUAUGGCCGUAGAGUAUGCGUCGGCAAACACCUCGCAGAAGCGAGUGUUUGGAUAGUGGUAGCAACCAUGCUAAGCACUAUGAACAUUGAACCAGUCAGAGAUGAGAACGGAAAGGUGGUUGUACCCAAACGCAACGACAUGACGAAUCGCAUGGUUCUUGUUUAA